AAGGCCGUAGCGUUGUGCGAGUGAGAAUCGAGACGCCAUUAAAUUGUUUUGCUCAGUUUCUCUCACCGACUCAAUUUCUUUGUUCUGACGUUUUUGUUUUGCACAAUUUUCUUUGUUUUGACCACGUUCGAAUGAACCGGAAAGGCGUUUAAAAUGAUUGUCAGGUAUUAAUAUGGACAACGUCUUGGACAGCGGAUUGAUUAGUCGUUCGUUGAAUUUCCACGGCCAGCAGUUGAAAAAGGCUUGGGAAGCCGAGAGGGGUGAAGGCGAUUUGGAGAAACUCAAUGUUGAAAACGUGGACUUUGCCGUUUUUCAGGAUCGACAAAAAACACUAGGAUUUCAAGAUCGAAGCAAAAGGUUAAAACUUCAUCAGUUCAUUGCAAAAAACGCAAAUGUACUAUUUGACGAGGUUUUAAACAUCAGAGCACCUGCAUCGAAAUCACAGACAUCACCUGGAUUAGAACUUUGUGCUGUACUGCCACCAUUUGACAUGUUUGCACCAGAUAUGGACAAGAAGGAGAGGACGGAGCAUUUUUUUGCUUGUGUGAAACCGGGAGACCUUAUUGUAGGUUCUCUUAUAAGCAAACUCUCAACAGGCUAUAUGAUGAAAGUAGUCUACAUGGAAGGAGACACAGUCAGGAUCGUCAGUGAUCUUGGUAUCAAGGCUAUAAUACACUCCGUGAACAUGAUUCAAGCAAUUGAUAAGAAGAACAAUGCUCGUUCGUUUGUCCUUAAUGAUAUGGUUUGCUGUGAGGUUUUGGAAGUUGUAACAAGCUCCGAGAAGAUAUAUGGUGGGAUGAAAGGCGAUUAUUGCUCUCCCUCCUUAAGAUCCAAGCUCGGACUGAUACAUACUGAAGAUUUGCAUCCUGUUUACAGGAAGUGGAUGGAAGGCAAGACCGACUCUUAUGAGGACAUGUUGUCCAACUCUGUUGGGUUCCAAAACCCAGGAAACGUGAAACACCUCUCUGAAGAACUUGGUUUGGGAAAUGAACAAUUCUCGAAUUUUGCGGCUUUAAGAUUCGGUUUCCCAACGGAAGAAUGUGCUACUGAAUUGAGGCAAGUGCAGUCAAGCAAAUGGGCUUACAGGAGUGUGUCUGAUGGCAUUGCUCACUUCAAAGCUGGACGUCACUCUGAAGCUUUUCAGUGUCUUAAUAAAGCCCUCACUAUUGAUGCCAACAACAUAGAAGCGUUGGUCGCCAGGGGUGCUUUGUAUGCAAACGGAGGAAGUUUUAAAAAGGCGAUUGAGGACUUUGACGCUGCCUUGAAGAUAAAUGCAAAUCACCAAAAUGCUAGGAAAUAUCUUGCUGAAACACUUGUAGCUUUCGGUCGAAGUUAUGAAGACGAAGGAAAAUGGGAGGACGCUUUGGCAGCUUAUGAGCGUUGCCUCACUAUUAUGCCGUAUCAUGAAGAAGCAAAAAACUCUAUAGAGUUUAUUAAAAACAAACAAGGUUUGGGCAAAUCAGGCGAGCCUGAAACCAUCCCGCUUUUGACUCCGGGCAAAGCUCAAGGUGUAAGGGAAACUCUGAAACACCUUCUCGCUCAGCACGAAGGAAAAAGCAGUGGCAAAAAGAAAAAGAAGAAGGACAAAAAAAGUAAAUAUAAGAAGAACCGAUCAAGCUCUAGUAGCAGUAGUUCUUCAUCUUCUAGUUCUUCAUCGUCGUCGUCUUCAUCAUCAGAUUCAUCGUCUGCUUCUUCUCAAGAUUCUCACCAUAAAAAGAAACAUAAGAGGAAAAGCGAACAUAAAGAUCGUUCAUUAUCACCACUCAGUAAACGCAUGGCUCUUAUGGAUAGUGGGGCAGGAGAUGGUUUUGAGGCUUUGGGAUUACAGCAGACAACAUCUCAUUAUAAUCCGCCCAUACCUUUCGCUGCUUUCAAUGCUCGCCCUGAUUUGAAUGAGUCAUUAAGAGCUCUGUCGUCUGGUAAGACAACCACUGAAAACGAGUAUGAAUUGAGAGUGAGGAAAUUUUUGGAACAAACCAAAGGAGAUGAUGAUUAUGAAGAAAAAGUAAGAAAGUUUUUAGAAGAGACGACCAAAUGGAAAAAAGAAAGAAAAGCGCAAGAAGAAAAAAAGAAAAAGAAGAAGAAAGAUAAAAAAAUGAGUAAAAAAGAUCGUAAGAAAAAGAGGGCUGAAAAGAAAAAACUCAAAAAAGCUGCAAAAGAGGAAAAAAUGAAAAGAGAAAAAAGGCGUAACAGCAAUGCUGAUGCGGAGGACCCUUAUAGCAGUAAAUCAGAUCUAAGACUCCUUUUCUCUGAUAGCAUACCAGACCUAGAAGAUUUACAAAGCAAAUUGAGUGCUUACUAUGCCAAAGUUGAAAAGGCCCCCAAUAACAAAAAGCAAGAAAUGUUGGAAGAUAAAUUUCCAAAAAAUCAGAAUAAAAUGGGUCUUUCACCAAAGCAGCAGCAACAACAACAGCUGCAGCAGCAACAACAGCAACAGGUUUAUGAAAUUGAAAAAACACAUUUAUUACCAUCCCAUGAUGUCAAAAAGGGCAAGAAAGGAAUGGACAUUUUUGAAGAAGCUCCAAUGGCACCUGCUGAAAAAGAAAGGCCACCAGAAGCAUCUCCACCACAACAAAAAUUUAAAAUGCAGUUGACUAAUUCUGCCAAGUAUGUUAUGGAGCCAAAAGUAAAAAAGAAAGAAAAACUGGAGGACCCUGUUUCAGAAGCAUGGGAUGAAUUGGAUGACAAAGUGGCCGCAAAUUUGAAAGACGACGUUCCUCCACCACCUCCACCUACAAAGGAUGAAAUGGUUCAAAAUUUGAAAAAAAUUGUUGAGAAGAAGAAGGAGUCCAUAGAAGCAGCCAAGCCUACUCCGCCAGCAGUUCCUCCAGGUCCUUCAGUCAUGGAUAAGUUAGGAGGUUUUAGAAUUAAUCCUGCAGCAGUCUCCAAUAACUUCAGAAAUGAAGAUGAUCAAGAUCAUCAUCGCCAUCAUCAUCAUCACAAGAGGAAGAAUAGGAAUAGAGACAGCGAUUCGGAUUCAGAGAGGGGAGACAAAGAUAAACGCUCAGGGUCAUCAAGGAGUAGAACAAGGUCUCCAAGACAGAGGAAAGAAUAUAGUGGAUCAGAGAGCUCAGGAGAAUCUUAUAAGAGGAGAAGUAGGUCAAGGACUGUGAGCCCUCGUCCAAGGAGAUACAGAAGUUCAGAAUCUGGAUCUUUUAGAAGCCGUUCUUACUCGAGAAGCCGAAGCCGAUCAAGGUCAGGAGAUUAUAGGAGAUCCAGGAGUCGAUCAGACGACAGAAACUACAGGAGCAAAUAUCCUGGAAGGUAUCCCAGGAACAGAGGCACAUACUAUCGACCUAGGUUCCAGAAUUCAGGAAACUAUAAAAGCAGGGGAUAUAACAACAGAAUGGGAAAUUACAGAAAUCGCGGAGGUUAUGGCAAUUAUAGAGAUUAUAACAGAGAUUACCGUAAUAGGGGUUUCCAGCUUAGGAAUCGCGGCCGAGGCAGAGGUGGUGGUGGUGGGAGCCAAAGAUAUUAUCACAGGAGAGACUACAGAGAUUAUAAGAGAUACGAUAGGGGAUCUCGUUCUGACGAUGACAGAGACGACAGUCCCAUGCGUAAAGUUGAUGCGGCAAAAGAAAGGAUAGAUAAAAUAAUAUCUCAGGAGCAAAGUGGUCCCCUGAGUGAGGGUGAAGAAAGGGAUGAGGAUUUCCUCAACAGAAAAGAUUACGAUGGCAAGUGGGCCAACAAAGAAGAGUUGGCAAUGACCACACCAUCGACAGAAAAAAUAAGUUACCAACAUGGUUAAACACAGCAUCA